AUCACGUGGUUUUUAUUUAUGUAACGUAAUGGUGUCAGGAGCGAGCCGAGCUUUUUUCGCAGCACGGUCAGCGCUAUGGAGAGAUACUGGUUGUGUAAAUAAGAAAUAAUUUUAAUUACAUUUGUGUUGCUCGGCGUUGAUGGAGUUGGGCGCAGCGUGCAAGACUAAAGCCACGCUGCUCGGACUGAAGCCGCGUGAGCCCCGUUCAUCACGGAGGAAACACUAGUUUGUGCUCACAGACUGGGAGACUGAGGCAGGACUGAGAUGAGAUUUACAAGCGAGUUAUUCGGUGGUAGACAAAAAGUCCAGGGGGGGCGUUUAAGGGGGACAGUUUCAAAAAGCUGCUCAUGUAAGGAGUGAGUAAGAGACCGAAAAUCACAGAUAGCGACAGAUGGACGCGUUACUCAACUUGUCGGCCAGACCAGACAUGCCACACGCCGCGGAGGGGCCGAAACUUCGCCCUGUUUGACACCCUGCCUGACUGAGAGGACUGACAGGGCCUCAGCGAUUCGACUUAGAUUUGCACCCAAAAGCCUGACCCAAAUGGAUCUACUGGAGUGUCCGAUUUGCCUGUUUCUGAUGUGCGAACCGGUGACGAUGAGUUGCGGCCACUCGUUCUGCCGGAGGUGCCUGGGCGCCUGGCUGCCGUCGAGGUGUCCAGCCUGCAAGGAGCGGCUGAAGCAGAGGGACGCCAAAACCAUCAAGAACAACGUUCUGCUCUUCAGCAUCAUCGAGAAAUGCUGCCCGGAGGAGACCAAAAUGAAGUGCCACAUACAAGAAAAGCUCAAAACAUGCGAGUUUACUGAAGCCCUGCGGAUUGCAGAGGACGGGAUAGAGACAGCUCCUGAUGAUGUUAGUCUGAAAGUGUGGAGGGCGGAAGCCAGCAUGGGGCUCCGUCGCUUCUCAGAUGCCCUCCGUGACCUGGAGGACCUGUGUGGUGCCAGGCCCAACUGGACUGAGGGUUUUUUCCGGAAAGGGAAUGUUCUGCUGGAGAUGGGAAGGAAAACCGAAGCGCUUAUCCAGUUCCACCGCUGUCUGAAGCAGCAGCCUGACUUUGCCCCUGCUAAGAACCAGGUUAAGAAGAUUUUGGAGGCAGAGGGGAUGGCGGUACCAGAAGAGGUCCCCCGGAUCCUGCAAGUUGUGGCCGAGUAUCUCAGGGACCCCAGCCCCAUUACAAGCUCUGUGGGCCCCUCUCUCUCAGAGGGGCUGCAGUGCUCCCUGAAGCAGCUGGAGGAGAGAGCUGACUACGAGGAGCAGACUCAGACUGCAUCUAAAGUCAAGCAGGAUGCCAGUACAGAGUGUUGUUUGAGUCUGUGCCAGGCUGUUUCCUUCCUGCCCACAGCCGAGGAUGAUGAAGAGCUGAUGAUGAGGAAGGACGAGAGACAGACGAGAGGCACAUGUAGUGUGGACCGAGAGUCAUUCCUCAGUGUCCUGGCCACGUCUGACUUUGAGUGCCCUCUUUGCAUCAGGUUGUUUCAUGAGCCGGUCACUACUCCCUGUGGCCACACGUUCUGUAAGAACUGUAUUGAGAGAAGUCUGGACCAUAAUCUCCGCUGCCCACUCUGCAAACAGUCACUGCAAGAGUAUUUCAAGAACAGGAAGUACAACCCGACGGUGCUGCUGCAGGAGAUUAUGACCCGCCUCUUCCCCCAGCAGCUGGCCGAAAGGAAACAGGUGCAUGACUCUGAGAUGGCUGAGCUCUCCAACUUGACCAAGGACAUCCCGAUCUUUGUGUGCACGGUGGCCUACCCUGGCAUCCCAUGUCCGCUGCACGUCUUUGAGCCUCGCUAUCGGCUAAUGAUGCGGCGCUGCAUGGAGACCGGCACCAAGAAGUUUGGCAUGUGCAGCUACGAGCACGGCAAAGGGUUUGCAGAUUACGGCUGUAUGCUGGAGAUUUUGGACCUGGACCUGCUCCCUGACGGACGCUCGUAUGUGGACACGGUGGGGGGCAGCCGCUUCCGUGUGCUUAAGAGAGGCCAGCGGGAUGGAUACCACACGGCUGACAUCGAGUAUCUGGAAGACCACAAGGCGGAUGGUGCAGAGCUUGAAAUGCUGCAGCGUCUCCAUGACAGUGUGUAUCAGCAGGCGAGGGAGUGGUAUCACCGGCUGAACAGCCGCAUCCGUGAGCAGAUCAGCCGCCAGUAUGGAGCCAUGCCUGAGAAAGACGACAACAUCCAGGCAUCUGCUGAUGGACCAGCUUGGUGUUGGUGGCUCUUGUCAGUGCUUCAGUUAGAUCCAGCCUACCAGACUACAGUUCUGUCCCUUACCUCACUGAAGGACCGGCUAGGGCACCUGCGUAUUGUACUGGAGUACUUCUCUCAGAGCUAGGCCGAAUCCCUCUCGCCCUAAACACGCAUACGGACGCACACUGUACAUCAGUUCUCUUUUUACAAGCUACGUGCACGCAACUUGAAAAACAUUUAUAUUUGAAUUUAUUCACCUCACAACGGACACUUUGAUUCGUCUUGAUGCAAGAGGUAGCGUUCCUGUCCUUACGCCACCUCAGAGCAAGAGUACCUGCCAUUAUUUUUGCUUUGCCAAUGAAAAUGUACUUCAGACGUGAUAUGUUAAGUUUCCAAUUGCUGUGGAUUGGAAAAGGUUUAUUGUUGACGAACUAUAUUUGCUUCUGUUGUUGUUUUUGACAGGCUUGGUAAGACAUGAGCAAUCAGUAUAGAUAGAAAUAGAAUUCUACUGAAGUGGAGUACCAUGGAAUUACUCAUACAGUUUCCCUUUGAAGGACUAUUUAAAAAAAAAAACAGGCAGCCACACCCUUAUGUCAUCUUGCAUGUAGGCUUAAAAUUUACAUUUCUCAUAGUAGAAGCAAUCAGUCACAUAUAUGAUACCUUUUGGAAAUAGGGAAUGUCCCUAACUGCAGUUUACCUUAAGAAUUCUUACUCAUACGAAACCUUGUAGAAUUUAGACACGAUAUUAAAAUUCAUAACUGAAAAGGAGCUGAGUGCAUCAAAUGAAAUACAUUGCUACAUGCGAUAUUUCAUUUACACAGCCUCAAAAAUUCCACUCAUAAUGCAAGAAGUGAUUAGAAUGCCUUUCACCACAGACAGCAUGAGCAGAGAAAUUAGUAUUGCAAUAAUAGAAGUAUGGAAUAACCUUCAAAGCUCCUCGUCUCAGCAGAUUCUUCAUAUUUUGGAUUUCCGGUUGAGGGCUCCUCGACAUCCUUUCUUUUCUCCUUUUCUUUUGUACAACCUGAAUAUUAAACUGAAGGCAGGCACGCUGGGGGAGUGAAAGAGUUUGGUGUGCGGAAUGCAACAAAAGCUGAACGUGGGGGUUUUAGAUGUCCUAAGAACUGUCAGGUUGUGCUGUAAGCCUUGUUCUGUGCUAAUCAAAGCUUUCAGAAGGUCUCUGGCUUUCUCAGUGUUACUCUUAAAGGAGAUUUGUGCCUUUGGGUCUAAAGCCUUAAUCUGGUUGAGAAAGACACAAGGACGCUCUUAAGCUCCGGAAUUUUUUUUUCUUUUAAAGUGGAAUGUUUUAACUGCGAUGCUACACAUGAUUUGUUAAUGGACACAAGCUUGAAGAAAAACUUUUUUUUUUCCUACUUUCGAAAACUGUGUGUUUGUUGAAUGUGCUUCUAAAUCAGAGACAUUCUUGGGUUAAGAAGCACUGUACUGCUUGGCAUUCGUUUUUGUCCUCAGAUGUUUUCUACCAGCACUGAAGCUAAUCUUUGCCAUAUCAUUUAUUUUUUAAAACACCACGUUCAAUAUAGUGAAAUAUAUACUGCAUAUAUGCUAAUAUAUAUGGGAGUCGAUACAAAGAGGCCAUGAGGGAGGAAACAGUUGAAGGAACUGAUCUGGCAAAGAGGCCACACUACUCUGUUAAUGUAGCCAUAGUCUGGGGGGGCUCACUCUGAGGUCACUCUCUAUAGAUAGUAGAUAGUAAAGGGACAGUAGUUGGGCUGUGAGAAGACAUUGUUUUUUUUAAAUAAAACCAAUUGCAUCUGCACCCCAUGAUGCAGAUUGGUCCUGUCAUUUACACUGUUCAUCUUCAGAAACCGGGAUCCCAAGGUGUCACCGCCACGUAAACAAGAAACAGAAUCCUCUAAUGAGCCAGUCCGACAAUCUUAGGCCACGCCCCAUAUAAAUAAGCAACAUAUGUAAGCCAAUCAGUCAGUCCAUCACCCCCUGAGUUCUGAGUGCAUAUAACAGGGCAGAAAAAAAAAUGCAGGUUUAUAGGCACUUCUUUUAUAGUUCUUUUAUAGUUAGCACUGCAGUUAGAAACAGUUAGCUAACAUUGCUAACAAAAAUUAGAAGUCAAUAGUCACCCAAAUGUCUUACGCAAAUUAGGUGAACAUACAUCCUCUUUUUUUUCAGGACGUCAUCUUUUUUAGGACCUGACAAAAUAACCGGGAUUCAGCUUUGCUUUCAUUUUGACGUUUGCUUUUUACAGUCUGCACCUCCUGCCUCCUUUGUCCUCUUUUUAAAACCACAAUAUGGUCAGCCGACAUAAAUACAUCAUCCCCAAAACUAUUUUCAGCCUACUCAGACUGCAUCCAGCUCUUCAUUAAAGUCCUGCAGACUUAAUGUGGUUUAGAAGACAAAAGUCAUGUAGCUGAACAAUGCAGGCAGCUAUUUUAGACACCCUCUUAUCUAACGUGAUGAUGAAGCUUUAUACAUUUUGUCCAAUAAGUCAUACUGUGUCCAAAACCACAUUAAGUCUGUGCUUCCUUACUAAAGACAUGGAUGCGAGCAGGUUGCAAGAUUUUUCAGGGAUGUGUUUACAGAAAAUAUUUGAGUGACUUGACUCGUAUUUGUUAGCAACGUUAGCCUUAUAGUUACAGUGCUAACUAAAUAGUCAAAAUUUGGAUACCACACCUGUGUUGUCUGAUCGACUACAGCUGGGGUAUAUACACUAGUAUAGAGAUCUGGAUAUCGUAGCUUUAAACUAUAAAACACAGCUCCUCAGUUUCAAGAUAAACUGACCCAUGAGUGAGUUCACAGAAAUUUCAGUAAAGAUACAGAACCUACAAAUGACAGCAGCAAGACUACAUGCUGUUUAUAUGAAAGGGAUAGUGCAAUUCUGCUUUUUAUCUAAAAACUACAAAAACUAACAAUAUAAAAUAGUGCCAACAUGUCAUUCACUACUUUAAUAAACAUGGUCAUUUUGAUCGCCGUAAGAGACAAGGGUCACCUCUUAGAUUUUCUUUUCCUGGAGAAUUAAAGAACCCUGCUUUGUUUUUUGAAAAUUAUGGCACUCGGUUUUGAGGCAAGAAGACUUGAACACAACUCUGCCUGUAUGACCUUUUGGAAGAGUUUUUAAACAAAAUCUCACAAAGGUGUAAAGUGGCCAAUCUUUACUUCUGAUUACAAAUCAAGCAAUACUAAAUAGUCAAAAGGUGAAUAUUUAUUGUUAUACCUAUUACUGUUGUUUAUUAUUUCUAUUUAAUGCUGGUUUUGGGGUAGUUUCCAACUUGUGGCACACAAUUUUAUCCAGUUAAUCGUUUCUGAUGACCCAUAAUGAAAUAUUAAAACUGUACCACUAUGAAUAAUAAAAUACAUUGAAAAUCU